AUGGCAGCGCGGCCAGGCGAAGAGAACGUGGCAACCCUGUUCGGUGACAUCCACUACUUGUACGGACCGCCCGAUACAAAGCCCCGGCAUCACCGGUUCGACAAGGGCUCCUAUGUCUAUCUAUUCGAGAAUGCGGGCGAGAGGAGAUGCCGCAUCGAGAUAGCAAAUUACCCUGGCACAGAGGACCAGGACGCCUUUUUCGGAUUCCUCGACCAGACUCAUGUGCGAUACUCGUACAAGCACCACUGCAUGGUGUCGUUGACCGUCGCCGACGCGGUUGACCAGAGCGAGUGGCAUCUACCGACGUACGACCCUCGCAACGAGAACAAGUACCACUACAAGCUCCAUUCGCUCGACGCCUAUUUCUGGACGCAGCAAGACGCGCUGCAGUUCGUCAACGGCGUCAGGCGCGUCCUGCCGCCGUCCCAGGUAGAGGUCAUGGACGAGCCCGCGCCGCCGCCACAGGCCGCGGGCAUGAGCUCUGUCGUGCAACAGUUGGAGAGGGCAGCCAUCUCAGACCCCCAGUACGGAGCCGGCGCCUCGACGACGUCGCAACACCCGCCUCUCCCCCAAGGUGCCGCCAUGACAGCGUCUCCGGAGGCGCCGGGGGCCGUUCCGCCGCCGCCUCCGCCGCAGGGCAACUUCGUGCCCAUGGCAUACAACCCCGCCGCGCCGGCCGCGCCGGAGACGAUACGACAUCGUGAGAAAACGCCGCCGCUGGAUGACGAUCCCCUCAACCCUCUGGCCGUGGCCGUGGCGCACGAUUACCACAAGCAGCCCUUUACCCCGGGGCUCCCUCCGGCGUCGCAGCCCGGGGGAGGUCCCGGAGUUGCCAGCCCCGGCAUGCCGCCUCCGCAGCAGCCGGCUAUGCAGAGGGCGAUGACGAUGCCCAGGCAGGCGGGGUUGGCGAGCCCAUUCGGGCCCAGUCCGAACAGUUUCCCAGCAUCACCCCGGUUUGCCCCCGCGGGCCUAACCCAGACAACCUCGCAGCCUACGCCGCCGAUAACGGGCUCCGGCAUGCCGCCCCCGCCGGGGGGCUACUCGGGCUAUCCGCACGGACCGCAGACGCCAUCAGGGGCGCCGGGCCAGGACUACUCGAUCCACCAGCAGGUGUAUCGGCCGAGCGAGGCUGACUCGGGGCCGACUCCGCACCAGUAUCAGCCCAAACAAGAGCCGAGGGGGAAGCUGGAGGAGAACGCCGGAAGGCUGGAGCGCGGUGUGACGGGCAUGUUGAAGAAGUUUGAAAAGAAGUUUGGGUAA